AUCCCCACGAGAUCCGGACCAGCCGUCACCUAUCUGACUGCCCUCUCAUGUGUUCAAUCGAAGGAUCAACCUGCUGGAUUUACAGUCUCACUGUAGCUGGACAGAAUACAUAGGCAAAGGAAAAAAAAACUAAAAUCAGGAUUUUCUCAGCAAACAAACAGACGCCUCAAAAAAUGAGACUUGCCAUGAGUUUUAGGAGCUCCUGAGAUAAAAAGCUAACAGACAGCAGGUGCAGAAAGACGACCACUUAUCAUCAGACACCAUGCGGGUUUGGAUUGCGACACAACAGGGAGCGAGGGGACGCUGGCAUCAGAAAAAGAUGGAGAACCAGGAUGAGAAAUACCAGGGAAAAUGCAAAGGUCUAUCUGAUUAUUAUUAUUUUUUUAAUGAACAAGGAAAUAAAAAAGCCAAACCGAACCUUGCACACUCCACCGUGGCGCUGGUAGAGCCGGACUCAGAGGAAAGGGAUCCAUGGGAUCUGCCAGAAAUAAAGGACACAGGAGUCCCGUGGUCAGCUCUGGACACCAGAGGCAAGGCCCUGAGAGUUCUGGUGUCGGUGUUGAAGCUGAUUCUGCUGCUGGGCCUCCUCUACAUGUUCAUCUGCUCCCUCGACAUCCUCAGCUCAGCCUUUCAGCUUGCUGGAGGUAAAACAGCAGGUGAAAUCUUCCAGGACAGCUCGGUGCUGUCCAACCCCCUGGCUGGUUUGGUCAUUGGUGUUCUGGUUACUCUGCUGGUCCAAAGCUCGUCCACUUCCUCCUCUAUAGUGGUCAGCAUGGUCUCCGCUGGCAUUUUAACAGUGCAGAUGGCCGUCCCCAUCAUCAUGGGCACCAACAUCGGCACCUCUGUAACCAACACGCUGGUUGCCAUGACGCAGGCUGGUGACCGCAGCACCUUCCGCAGGGCGUUUGCUGGGGCUACGGUGCAUGACUUCUUUAACUGGCUCUCUGUUCUGGUGCUGCUGCCUCUGGAAGCUGCCACUGGGUAUUUGUACAUCCUCACUAAGCUCAUCAUCGACUCCUUUCAUAUCCAGAGCGGGGAAGCCCCAGACCUGUUAAAUGUGAUCACUGACCCCCUGACUGAGUCCAUCAUACAGCUGGACGAGUCUGUCAUCAGAGACAUCGCCAUUGGAAUCCCAGAAGCCAAAAACAAGAGUUUCAUUAAGAAAUGGUGCCAGACCUACACCAAUACAACCUUAAAGAACAUGACGGUUUCUGGGCCAGAGAACUGUACGGCGCCGUCUCUCUGCUGGGUCGAUGGGAACACCACCAUCACACUGAAAAAUAUGUCUGAGACUUAUUACAUAAAGAAAUGUCAGCACCUCUUUGUGGAUGUGAAUCUGACUGAUCUGGCCAUUGGUCUGAUCCUGUUGGCUCUGUCUCUGCUGGUUCUCUGUUCCUGCUUGGUUCUGAUUGUCAAGCUGCUAAACUCCAUGUUAAAGGGACAGGUGGCUCUAGUCAUCAAGAAGAUCAUCAACACUGAUUUCCCAUUUCCCUUUGGCUGGGUCACGGGUUACAUCGCCAUCUUAGUCGGAGCAGGAAUGACCUUCAUUGUGCAGAGCAGCUCGGUGUUCACGUCGGCCAUCACUCCACUUGUUGGCAUUGGUGUCAUCAGCAUAGAGCGGGCAUACCCGCUGUCUUUAGGCUCAAAUAUUGGGACUACCACCACGGCCAUACUGGCGGCCAUGGCUAGUCCAGGAGACAAGCUGGCUAACGCGCUGCAGAUUGCCCUCGUGCACCUCCUUUUUAACCUCUCUGGCAUCGUUCUGUGGUACCCCAUCCCCUUCACCCGCUUCCCCAUCCGACUGGCUAAAGGUCUGGGGAAUAUCACAGCCUCCUACCGCUGGUUUGCUGCCGUCUACAUCAUCGCCUGCUUCUUCGUUUUGCCGCUCUUCGUGUUCAGCCUGUCUCUGGCUGGGUGGCAGGUGCUGGUGGGCGUUGGUGUUCCUCUCAUUGUCGUGUUAGUCUUCAUUGUGGUGGUCAACGUGCUGCAGAAACGAAGACCUGACUUCCUCCCUGCAGCUCUGCGUUCCUGGGACUUCCUUCCUCUCUGGGCCCACUCUCUGGCUCCCUGGGAUAAAGUGGUGGGUGUGUGCACAGCCAAAUGCUGCUGCUGCUGCAAAUGCUGCCAAGGUACAAACGAGGAACAUGAAGAACAAAAGUCUGUGUUAAAUGGCACAAAAGUACACAAGGCGGUGUAUGAUAACCCUGCAAUGAGUGUGGAAAAGGAAGUGGAAAAUGAGAUAAAGAUAGAGCUAAAUAUUCUAAAAAAGACCCAGCUUUGAGAUUUUAUAUUUAUUCAGAGUGAUUUUGUAUGAUGCAGAGAAUACUGGUCAUGACCCAUGAUCUAAGAAUUUAAAAUGUACUUAUUUGGUCACUCCUAAUUUAUAUUUUUAUACAACGUGAGGAAUGGUGACAAGUCCUUUAUUGUUAAUGCUUAGCUGCAGUGGUCCAGAAAUAAUUAGGAGUCCAUCAAAAGACCAAAACCAACAUGAUCUGUCAGCACUGUCCAUCUCACCCUCUCUUAUGAAGCCUUUACUUGAGUUUCGUCAUGAAGUGUGUGCCUAAAACUGAAGAAUUGGUGAGACGUGAAGCCGCAAAGCUCUUAGAGCUUUUGGCUUAUGCAAUACAAACCAAAUAAAACAUUUAUGGAUCUGUA